AUGUCCCGGGCCGAGGAGCGCGAGGACGCGGACUGUGUGUGUUCGGUCGGGAUGAAGUUCACCUGGGACAUCAACGACCCCAAGCUGCCGCAGGACACAAAGCAGUUCGACCCGUUCCAGGAGUGGACAGACGGUUACGUUCGAUACAUCUACAGCGCCGAGGAUAAGAACGCUCAGAGACACCUGUCCGGUUGGGCGAUGAGGAACACCAACAACCACAACUGUCAGAUCCUAAAGAAGUCGUGUCUGGGCGUGGUCGUCUGCUCCCGCGGCUGCUCGCUGCCCGACGGCUCCCGGCUGCAGCUCCGCCCCGCCAUCUGUGACAAGGCCCGGCAGAAACAGCAGAAGAAGCUGUGUCCGAGCUGCGGCGCCGGUCUGGAGCUGCUGCCGUGUCGCGGUCAUAGCGGUUACCCCGUCACCAACUUCUGGAGGGUCGACGGAAAGUCCAUCUUCUUCCAGGCUAAGGGGGUCCACGAUCAUCCCAGACCAGAGUCCAAGUCCGAGACCGAAGCCAGAAGAAGUUCAGUAAAGAGACGAGUCAGCUCGCCUCCGUUCACUCCGAAGAGACGACUCAUGGAGCCGCAGGCUCUUGGCCCCGCCCUCCUCUCCUGUGUCGAUCCUUCAGACAGAAUCUCCUUCAUUGAGCCCAGUUUCCCGCAGCAUUACCCAGCAUUCCAGAGCCCAGAGCCCUACUACAACCCCCACAAUGCACUAGGAGAGGCCCCACCCACACUGCAGAAACCAGCCAAUCCUCGGCUCUACAUGGGCCGGCCCGGCUACGAGUUCCAAGGAUACCUGACCUCGCCUUCGUAUCCCAUGACCUCUGACCUCUGUGACCCCAGGGUGGCUCCGGUCCUGGGUUCCUCCUCUUCCUCCACCUCAUCGUCGGCUCCUCUCUCCUCCUCCUGCUCCUCCUUCGACCCCCAGACCAAGUCUCCUGCAGGCUGGAAGGAGCUGCUGAAGAGCUCCGCCCCCUACGGUGACAACCACCAUUACUACAGUGCCGAGUACCCCUGCCGUUACCCCAGCAACACCCCCGGGUCACCCGCCGCUUUGCAGACCAUCAUUACCACGACAACCAAGGUCUCCUAUCAGCCUUGUCCGAAGCCUCCUGCUGCGCUCCCUUCCUACCAGUCGUGUCCUAAACCCUCCUCCGGCCUCCCGUCCUAUCAGCCCUGUGCUCCUCCUAAACCUCCCGGCCUCCCCGGCUGCUCCUCCCUGCUGGACGAUCCCUCCUCCUCCUCGUACUCCACCGAGGUGAAGGUGACGGAGGAGUCGGGUGGAGUCAUCAAGUCUCUGUCGUUUCAGCCUGAACCUCUGCAGACCAAAACCGAGCGGGCCGACGGCUACGACUACCGCUACGCGUACCCCAACACAUAUCGCUAUGACGACUACUGA